CGCCCCUGCUCGCCUUCUCCUUCUCCUCCUCCUCCUCCUGGCGCCCGCCCUCUGUUCCUCCUUCCCUCCCUGCAGCGCCGGCGAGACCGCGAGAGCGGCGCCCGCCCCGCCAGGGCGAGGGAAGGAGGCGCAGCCCGCGGGCAGGAAGCUGGAUGAGGACGUGUGCGAGGGCAAGGCAGCCCCUCGGGCAUGAAGGGGACCGCGGGGACGCUGCCCUGCCCUGCAGCCGAGCGGGGACAUCAGGAGGACAGCUGCCUUCAGAUGGUACAGAACUCACUGACAGUUGCUCUUGCUUCAGUCCUACUUCAUGAGAACUUCAGAAGUUAUUAACUGAGUGAUAUUUGGCCAGACCUAAAAUAUCUUCCACUCCAGAUCUGAAAGUAGUGGAAAAGUUAGACAAUUCUCUCUUGGAAAGAGACCGGUUGUAGUUUUUUCACAAGCCCACAUUGUUUCAAAUCUCCAAGCAGAUGGUACGUGAACAGUACAUGACAACGACGCCAGGCACAAGCCUAGAGAGGCCGAAGAAUGAAUAUGUCUACAAAAUUGGAAUUUAUGGCUGGAGAAAGCGUUGUCUCUACCUGUUUGUUCUCCUCCUGCUUAUCAUCCUAGUUGUGAAUUUUUCUUUGACAAUUUGGAUUCUUAAAGUGAUGUGGUUUUCCCCAACUGGAAUGGGACACCUGCGUGUUACAAAAGAAGGCCUUCGACUGGAAGGGGAAUCUGAAUUCUUAUUCCCUCUUUAUGCCAAAGAAAUCCAUUCAAGAGUGGACUCAUCACUGCUUCUCCAGUCUACUCACAAUGUGACUGUGAAUGCUCGCAAUUCAAAUGGGGAGGUCACAGGCAGAUUAAAUGUGGGUCCUAAAAUGGUAGAAUUCCACAGUCAGCAAUUUCAGAUCAACUCAAAGGAUGGAAAACCACUUUUUACAGUGGAUGAAAAUGAAGUUGUAAUUGGCACAGAUAAGCUUCGAGUCACAGGGCCUGAAGGGGCACUUUUUGAACAUUCUGUAGAAACACCACUUGUGAAAGCAGAAGCUUUUAAACAGCUUAGGCUGGAAUCACCAACUCGAUCUCUGAGCAUGGAUGCACCACGAGGAAUUAAUAUUAAAGCACAAGCUGGGAAUAUUGAAGCGCUUUCCCAGAUGGAUAUCAAACUACACAGCAGUGAUGGCGUGCUUUUGCUGGAUGCUGAAACCGUGCGACUGCCCAAGCUGCCUGAGGGUACAAGGGGUGGAUCUGGGAUUUCUCAGGGGCUCUAUGAAAUCUGUGUGUGUCCAGAUGGAAAGCUCUACUUGUCAGUGGCCGGCGUGGGCUCCACUUGCCAGGAAUACAGCCGAGUCUGCCAGUGAGGCACCCAAAAGGCCACACACCCCCUUGGGCAUCUGGGUUUUGUAUUACUCCUAAAGAGCAUUACUGAAGGCAUAUUUUUCAGCAUUUUAGAAACAAAGUACUUACAAUUUAGGAAACAAAUCUGCUACAGUUCUGGAAUACAGGGUGUAAGGGGAAGAAGAGCACAAAUGACAUUUCCACUUCAGAAGAACGACUUGAAUCAACUUACAUGUUUUGUCAGUAACACUUGGAAAACAGCCUUACAGAGAGUAUAAAAAAUAAAACAAAUAUGUUUCCUUGCUGAACUGUGGUUCAGUCAGGUGAUUAUGUCGUUGUUCGUAUUUUUGAGAUCCAUGGGUUUUUCCUCUCACUACAUGUAAACACUUACUGUAUUAGUGGGUGAAAUGAAAUUGAGGGAAGUACUUGAAUUAUUUGUAAGACAAAGCAUUAUUUGGAAAAUUCAGAAAGUGCCAGCAAAUGGUCUAUGCAAUUUUGUUCUUGCAAUAACACAAGAUAGAAAAAUGUGGUGUUUGUGUGAGUUCUGUGUAAAAGAUGUUAAUUUGUUGAUAGCUUUCUGUUUUAAUUUGGCAACACAUAUGCUGAUUUGCUUCUUACUGAGAUUGAUAUAAAAAUAUCUAAUGCAAAAAGCUCCAGAAGUCAUGAAGGCCUCUCUGUGUCUCAGAUCCAUUCACUAUAAAACAGAGAAGUAUGUUAGUAUAUUUUAUAAUAGCAUUGUUUGUUCUACUGCCUGUACCAUCAUAUUCAAUCAAAUCCUUUUCUAUUUUAGGACAUGCUAAUUCAACAAGGCAAUCUGUUGGGCCAGCUGGACUAGUAAACAAAAAAAAAUUGUGUCUUCAGAUUGUCUGACAUAAGGAACUCUUUGGGCAGUGGGAAAAAAUCCUUUUAUGCAGCCCACAGAUUUCAACUAAGAGGAAUAUUUCAUUCCCAUCUGCACCUGUUUACUGGUAUUUCUGAUCCUGUCAGACUGGGACUCCAUCACAAACAGAGAGAGUAAAACUGUUAUUAUUUUUUACAUUAGGAUUUUGGAUACAAAAUAAAUGCUCACCAGAGCUGACAAACCAUUUAUUGUCCUUGUAAAGAAACACAACUGCAGACCCAUUCCCCUGUACAGUGUUGCACUGAACACAAAUAAAUUGUUUGCACACCUC